CGAAAAGCCAAAAAUGUGUGCUCCAGAAAGCAACUGUCACAAGCUACAAAGUGCAGAUUCUAGCUAGAUAAAGGAAGCAACUUGGUCACUCUUUGUUCUGUUCUUUCUGUUCUUGGUAUCAUAUACAGAUACGCCAAGUCCAUGAGAAAACAGGGAAUGGUGUUCUUGGUGAAGGCUGCUAAGCUGAACUUGCUCUUUCUUUUUCUGAGAAUUGUGGUCCAUGGGCAACAAGGUUUUAUCAAUAUCGACUGCGGACUGCCCAAAAACUCAAAUUUCAGUAAUGAGGUUGGUUUAGUCUACGUGCCAGAUGACAUGUACACAGAUGCAGGAACCAAUAUGCAGGUCGAUCCUGAUUUUCUAGGCAACCCAAAAGUAUAUACGACGCUAAGGAGCUUUCCAGAUUAUAACAGGAAUUGUUACAACUUGACCCCAGUAGUAGUGGGCAGAACUUACCUGGUUCGAGCUUCUUUUAUGUAUGGAAACUAUGAUGGAAAGAAAGUGCUGCCAACGUUUGAUCUCUACCUGGGUGUUAACUUUUGGGACACAAUCAAGCUGGAUAGCUCAACACAUAUUCUUUCAACUGAGAUUACUGCCGAGGCUAUGACAACUUCAAUGGAUGUGUGCUUGGUAAAAACAACGGAUUCAGUACCCUCAUAUCUAGUUUGGAGCUUCGACAGCUUGACGAACGCAUCUUUUCAAAGGUAUCCAGAUGACUAUUAUGAUCGGAUAUGGACACCCGGAAGUAGUGCAUAUGGCAUUUCUUUGAACACCACAAAUAAGGUGCUGGAGAACACAAGUUAUUGGUUUGAUUUGCCACCUUCUGUCCUGCAAACAGCAGUAAUAUCAAACAGUGACAUAAAAAUUGAAUGGCAAGCAGAACCUGAUUCAACCUACCAAUUCUUCAUGCAUUUUGUAGAGUUAAUUCAGCUUACUGAUAAUCAAACAAGAAUGAUGACAAUAACAGAAAACGGGGCCUACUUUUUUGGCCCAUUUUCUCCUAAGUACCUUGCCACAAAAAUUGUAUAUUCAACCAUUAUAACGGGUGCAAGCCAUUAUUCCUUCUCAAUAUCUGUACCAACAAGUUCCAUUCAGGGUCCGAUUCUCAAUGGUUUCCAAGUUUACAAAGUCAGACUUCUCACAAGUUCUGCAACUUUAAAUGGAGAUGCAACUGCAAUGAUAGGAAUCAAAGAAUAUUACCGCAUACAAUGGAAUUGGCACUCAGAUCCAUGCCUACCACAGAAUUAUCAAUGGAGUGGUGUACAGUGCGGCAACUAUAGCUCUUCAUCACCAAGAAUUGUUUCACUGGACCUUGCAAACAGUGGAUUGAAUGGUACAAUUUCUAAUUCUUUUGCAGAGUUCACUGCAAUCCAAUCAAUGAAUCUAUCAGGAAAUCACUUGCAAGGUCCGAUACCACUAUUCUUGGGAGAGCUAGCUGCACUGACAUCACUAGAUUUAUCGAGCAAUGAGCUAACGGGACAAGUUCCAAGUAGUUUGCUAGAAAGAGCUAGAAGUGGCUGGCUUUCUUUAAGACUUGAUAACAAUCCACUGCUCUGUCAGAAUGCUUCAUGCAAUGAAGUUCCAAAAGGUAGAAAAUUUAGCACUUUAAUUGUGGUGUUUAUUGUGCUAUCAGCAGUAGCUUCUAUGGCAAUCAUGUUGUUGAUUGUCCUUCUUAUUAUGAGAAAGUCCAAGAGCAAAAGGCAGAAAGAUUCUGCUGUUAAGGAACGAUUGCCUCUGGGAUCAGUAAAUGACUGGGUUUACACAUAUAUGGACAUUGUUGGUAUCACUAAUGACUUUGAAAGAGUCAUUGGUAAAGGAGGAUCUGCAACUGUUUACUAUGGCUGCAUGAAAAAUGGAGUUGAGGUCGCAGUUAAAAUGCUGAAUGGAUCCCUUACACGAGGACUCAAAGAGUUCACAUCAGAGGUUAAGUUGCUGAUGGGGAUUAAUCACAAAUGCUUAGUUUCUCUUAUUGGAUUCUGUGAAGAAGAUGCUAAAGUGAUUCUUAUGUAUGAGUACAUGUCAAAUGGAAAUUUACAUAGCCUUUUAGCAGCCUAUUCACCGAAAGAAUUGCCCUGGAAAAAGCGAAUUCAAAUAGAAUUAAGUGCAGCAUCAGGGUUGGAAUAUUUGCAUUCCGGAUGCAGGCCAUCAAUCAUCCAUAGAGAUGUCAAGACAUCCAACAUUCUUUUAAAUGAAAAAAUGGAAGCAAAACUGUCUGACUUUGGGCUGUCAAAGUCUAGCCAAGUAGAUGACACGACUUGUGUCUUAACUGCUGUUGCCGGCACACCAGGAUAUAUAGAUCCAGAAUACUUCCGUACAAGUAAGCUUACCAGAAAGAGUGAUGUUUACAGCUUUGGUGUAGUCCUUCUUGAGCUGAUCUCAGGCCGACCUGCUAUUUUCACCACAGAUGAAACAGUUCAUAUAGUUCAAUGGAUUACACCCCUUUUGCAAGAAGAUAUUCUGAACGUGGUUGAUCCAAGAUUUCAAGGACAGUACAACCGCAAUUCCAUAAUGAUUGUGGCAAAGACAGAUAUGGAAUGCACUGCAGAGAAAGCUGCCAUGCGACCCACCAUGACUGAUGUUCUGAACCUGCUAAAAGAGGCUAUGAAGCUUGAAGAUAAUGUGCCAGAAGGUGGAAAUUCCACCGUCCAAACCGAUCCAACCUCUGCACCUUGGAGUUACUGUAAUGAAGCAGAAUAUGGAUCGACAAGCUUUCUGGAACCGCGGUAGGGUGCAGGUUGCAGAGUGGGUUUCUUGAGAACGUGACAAAACUAAUUUCCUUUCCUUAUAUAUAUAUAUAUAUAUAUAUAUAUAUAUAACAUACUCGUAGUGGUUUGAGAUGGCGUUGUACCUUGUUCUCCAAUAUCCUCUCUUGCUUAGAAGUAAUUGGGUGGAUUUGGCAAUUCUCUUGUGAACCAUGUUCCUUAUCAAUUAAAGCACAUGUUAGGAUUGGAAGUUACCUGUCAAAAUGAUAUGUGAUAUAUAUACUAAGUUGAAAACUGCCUGCCAAUAAAGGCACCCCGACACCUAAAGGGU